AUGAGAAGUCACACAGCAAUAACCACAUUCAUCUUGCUGGGACUUACAGAUGACCCAGAGCUGCAAGUUCUGGUUUUCACCUUUUUAUUUCUCACCUACAUGCUGAGUAUAACUGGAAACCUGGCAAUUAUCAUUCUUACCUUCACAGACUCCCGUCUUAAAACGCCUAUGUAUUUUUUUCUUUGUAAUUUCUCUUUCUUGGAAAUCUCCUUCACAACAGUCUGCAUUCCCAGAUUCCUGUACAGCAUAUCAACUGGGGACAAUACCAUUUCUUAUAAUUCUUGUGCCAGUCAAAUAUUUUUUUUUGGAUUCUUCGGGGCCACAGAGUUUUUCCUCUUGGCCUCCAUGUCCUAUGACCGCUAUGUGGCCGUCUGCAAACCCCUUCACUACAUGACCAUCAUGUGCAACAAAGUCUGUACCAUCUUUGUUCUCAGCUUCUGGAUCUCUGGGUUCAUGAUCGUCAUCACACCCCUUAGUAUGGUCCUCCAGUUGGAAUUCUGUGAUGCCAACACCAUUGAUCAUUUCAGCUGUGAUACAUCUCCUCUUUUUAAGAUCUCAUGCUCAGAAACAUGGUUUUUAGAGCAGACUGUUAUUAUUUGUGCAGUGUUCACAUUCAUUAUCACACUAAUUAUUGUGAUUCUUUCUUAUAUGUAUAUCAUCAAGACAAUAUUAAGAUUCCCCUCUGCUCAGCAAAGGAAAAAAGCUUUUUCCACAUGUUCUUCUCACAUGAUUGUUGUUUCCAUCACCUAUGGCAGCUGCAUCUUCAUCUAUAUCAAACCUUCAGCCAAAGAAGAAGUGGACCUCAGUAAAUGGGUAUCUGUGCUCAGUACAUCAGUUGCCCCUUUGUUGAACCCUUUCAUUUACACCUUGAGGAAUAAGCAAGUGAAAGAAGCUUUUAGUGACACAGUGAAAAGAAUUGUAUUUAUCUUACAAAAGUAA